UCAUGUGCGAUUUUGUUUCACAAAUACAGUGAAGAUGCUCAGGCUGUGACUCCGGGUGACUCUUGUUUCUACCCACUUAUCUUUGCAGUCGCCACUGCACGCCACUGCUUGGCUCGCGUGAUUCGUGAACCUUCUUGCCAUGGCGACGAUGUCUGCAGCGUCUCAUCGCUGCUGUGCUUCUUCCUUGAGAGCUUUAACCGUGUUGUUUGUGUUGGCAGCUCUUGUUUCAGAUGUAGGCGGCCGACAUCAUCAUCAUGUUUGUCGUCCUUAUUUCUCCUGCGGUGGUUUUAGCAAUAUAUCGUAUCCAUUCCGUCGGCAAGGUGAUCCAUCUGGGUGUGGUGUCCAAUCGUAUGAGCUGGUUUGCACGGAUACAGACGCCACAAUUCGCAUCGGCAGUGGAACAUACACCGUGCUUAGCAUCAACUCCACGUAUUCUUACUUCUGGGUUGUCGAUGCCAACCUGGACAUCCAGAGCAGUUGCCCCCUUCCCUGGUGGGAUUACCAUGGUGAGACCAGUACUGCCAACUCAUAUCGUAGGAGGACUGAGUUCAGGCCUUAUUUCCUUUAUCCGAAUUCGAUGUCGAUUAUCUUUGUGAAUUGCUCGAAGCCAAUAGAGAACAAUGAUAUAUAUGAGCCGGUGCCUUGCUUGAGCAAUUCUUCUUUCAUCUACUUGCUAACUCACUACUCGUAUGGCUAUGCUCUUGCUGAGAUUCUGGAGCCCUCAUGCGGUUACCUAGCCAUGAUUUAUUUGGGUGGUCCAGGCAUACCGGUGCCCAAGAAUACAAGCUAUCCAGAUGUUGUUAAGUUAAUGAGGAAUGGAUUUGGCCUUAGAUUUCCUUCUUCGAUUGGUGACCGCGGCAUCAGAGAAUGUUUCGCAGAGUCUGUGCGUAAUUUCCUUAAAGAGCCAAGAAAGUAUCAGAUUGUGGACAUUCUAAUGGUCGAGGAAUUAUGGUCUUGUUUUCUCGAUCAACAUGGAUCAACUAAUAAUGUUGUCACUUCUGUUAUCAUCGACAUUAUCAAAACAAUACCAAUAUGUAUGUGGCUUCUGAAAUCUACACAUGUUUUUUGCAGGCUUGUAUUGAUGCCGCUAGCAGUAUUUGUCUUCCUAGCCCAUAAAUACUGGAAAGCAAGGAUUACAAUAGAUGCAGUCGAGAAGUUCCUGCGGAUGCAGCAGAUGCUCGUUCCGAUGAGAUAUGCAUACACAAACAUCAUUGCUAUCACCGGUCAUUUCAGAGAAAAGCUCGGACAAGGAGGCUACGGUUCUGUAUACAAGGGGGUGCUACAGCCAGGUGAAGUACAUGUUGCUGUCAAGAUGUUAGGCAACUCCAACUGUAAUGGAGAAGAGUUCAUCAGUGAGGUUGCCACCAUUGGCAAGAUCCACCAUUUCAAUGUUGUGCGCCUCAUUGGGUUUUGCUCCGAGGAAAAUAGCAGGGCACUUAUCUACGAGUUCAUGCCCCAUGGAUCUCUCGAUAAGUACAUCUUCUCGUCGGAGAAGAGUUUCUCAUGGGACAAACUCAAUGAGAUCGCUCUGGGCAUUGCUAGAGGUCUCAACUACCUACAUCACGGGUGCGAUAUGCAAAUUGUACACUUCGACAUCAAGCCACACAACAUCCUUCUUGACAGCAACUUUGUUCCAAAAGUUGCUGAUUUUGGGCUUGCCAAACUGUUCCCAAGAGACGACAGUUUCGUGCCACUGAGCGCUAUGCGGGGAACGAUAGGCUAUAUAGCUCCAGAGAUGGUAUCUCGAAGCUUUGGUGUCAUCUCUAGCAAAUCUGAUGUGUAUAGCUUUGGAAUGCUACUGUUGGAGAUGACGGGCGGGCGAAGGAACGCAGAUCCUCAUGCAGGAAGCUCUAGUCAAGCAUACUACCCAUCCUUGGUGUACAACCAGCUAAGCCAAGGAGAUGUGGGCGAGAUCAGUGAAGGUGUUGAUAUGCACGAGUUAAAGAAGAAACUAUGUAUCAUUGGACUUUGGUGCAUCCAGAUGAAGCCGCAAGAUCGACCAACGAUGAGCGAGGUCAUAGAGAUGCUUGAAGCUGGUGUCGAUGGCAUCCAAAUGCCUUCAAGACCAUUCUUUUGUGAUGACGAGGGUGAUAGUUCUUACUCUGCAAUCUCUGAACUGGAUACAAUAGAAGAGUAGUAGUAGUAAUAGUAAAAUACACUUGUGUAUAUUUGAUCUUAAUGUAUUAGACUACUAAGAAUGCAAGGUUGUCAUAAGCUAAGAUACUGGUUGUAUACUUUUAUUGAGAGUGUGGUAAUGUGUUUUCAUAUAAAAUACCUCCA